CCCUCCUCUCCCAUGUUUGAGAAGUCUCCUUUACAUUUCUAUUUUCUAGCGGAGAGAGAGAGAGAAAGUAUGUUGGGUAUCUUCAGCAGCGCUAUCGUAACGCCUCCGGAUGAGCUGGUGGCAGCCGGCUGCCGGACGCCAUCGCCGAAGAUAACGUCGACGGCCUUGGUGAAUCGGUUCCUCGAGAAUAACCCCUCCGCUGUGUCCAUACAGGUCGGGGACCAUGUUCACUUGGCUUACACACACCACAACGAGUCGGCGUUACAGCCCAGAUCAUUUGCUGCGAAGGAGGAGAUAUUCUGCUUGUUUGAGGGGAUGCUGGAUAAUCUGGGGAGUUUGAGGCAACAGUAUGGCCUUGCCAAAUCCGCAAAUGAGGUGGUGCUGGUGAUCGAGGCUUACAAGGCUCUACGUGAUCGAGCCCCAUACCCUCCAAGCCAUGUGGUGGGACACCUCUGUGGGAAUUUUGCGUUUGUCCUCUUUGACAAGUCUACCUCCACCUUAUUCGUCGCUUCAGACCAAUUCGGCAAGGUUCCUCUCUACUGGGGGAUCACAGCAGAUGGGUACGUUGCCUUUGCUGAUGAUGCCGAUCUACUCAAAGGCGCCUGUGGCAAGUCUCUCGCAUCUUUCCCUCAAGGAUGCUUCUUUUCUACUGCUGUUGGAGAGAUCAAAAGCUUCGAGAACCCUAAGCACAAGAUCACCGCCGUUCCUGCUGCCGACGAAGAGAUUUGGGGUGCAAAAUUCAUGGUAGAAAGUUCAGCAGUCCUUACAGCCAUCAAGUAGAAAGGCCUGACCUUUUUUAAACCCAAUCAGUCUGGGGAUUGUCGGUGGAAAAGCAUUGUGUAGUGGUUGCCAUGUAAAUACCUAGUGAGAGUUGAUGGGAUAUUGGUUGAGGAUUGGCAGAGUAGAUGGGGGAAGAMUGAUGACUCAUGUAUGCGAAAAUAUAUGUAUUUUGUAAGGAUGGAUGUGUUGGUGUGUAUGUAUUCACUGUGUGUUGCAUCUUCUUAGGCUAGGCUAAUCCUCAACUUAGAUUUCCCUGUUACUUGUUCAAUGUACAGUUAGCUAUUGUGCACUCUGUUGCCCGUGUCAACUCAUAAUAACAAAAUCCCCCGAGUCUGCAAACGUUA